AUGCGGCCUCUCUUCUCAACCUUGGCGAAGGGAUCAAUCCCAAGAAGUUCGCUCUCAGCGUGGAAAAUUUCCCUCCGGCCCGUCCGAGCCGCGAAUGUGCCUGCGAAGUCCGAGUCGAUCUACUCUCGCUUUAACCUGCACCGCCGACCCUUUACUCAGUCCUUACAGCUAAGAGACUCACUUUACAAUGUGGAUCACCCGGCGAAGCUCGUCAGAGUGAACCAGAAGCAUGGACCGGGCUUGAUCAUCAUUGCGUUGAUCCCAAUUAUUUCCUUUGCCCUCGGAUGCUGGCAAGUACAGCGGUUGGACUGGAAGACCAAACUAAUCGCCAAAUUUGAGGACCGCCUGGAGAUGCUUAUCGGACCUCGUCUGUGGGAAGGUGAGGACGGCUUCAUGGUUGUGACGCCUCUGGAGCGCGGCAGUGGACAGAGCACUGUUCUUGUGAAUCGGGGCUGGAUCCCAAAGAAGUUGGCAAACCAGAAGGAUCGUCCAGAUGGGCUUCCCACAGGUGAAGUUACAGUGGAAGGAUUGCUUCGGGAGCCGUGGCAGAAGAAUAUGUUUACGCCAGCGAACGACCCGAAGGCGGGCAAGUUUUACUUCCCAGAUAUUGAGCAGAUGGCCGAGUUGACUGGAGCGCAACCUAUUUGGAUCGAGGCAACUAUGGUUCCUAACCUGCUGGAUUCAUACGACCGCCAAGCAAAGGGAAUUCCUAUCGGGCGUAUUGCCGAGGUGAACUUGCGUAAUAACCAUUCCCAGUACAUCUUCACUUGGUACGGCCUGUCUCUAGCCACGUCCAUCAUGCUGUGGAUGCUUGUGCGAAAGAAGCCAAAUGAGGCUAUGCGCCGAGUCCGGCAGAACCGCAAUUGGUCAUAG